UUCCCGCCUCACUUGAAACGCUGCCCACGAUGAGUCGCUCCAAUGUCAUCGUCCUCGACAAUGGCACGGGCUUCACCAAGAUGGGCUUCGCCGGCAACUCGGACCCGUCCUUCGUAUUCCCCACUGCCAUAGCCACUCGUACCUCUGCAGCGGGAACGGCAGGUGGUUCCUCUGCUCGUCCCUCUGUCCCCUCCAAGCCUGGUGGGCUUGCUUCGAGCUCGAGCUUGGCGAGCAAACGCGGCAUCGAGGAUCUAGACUUCUUCAUUGGGGACGAGGCGUUCGCGAAUAGCAAGACGUACCAGGUCGACUACCCAAUUAAGCAUGGGCUCAUCGACAACUGGGAUCACAUGGAGCGUUUCUGGGAGCAGUGCAUCUUCAAAUACCUUCGCGCCGAGCCAGAGGACCACUACUUCAUGCUUACCGAACCGCCCCUCAACCCGCCGGAGAAUCGCGAGAACACGGCCGAGAUCAUGUUCGAGUCUUUCAAUAUCAAGGGACUGUACAUCGCCGUCCAGGCUGUUCUCGCCCUCGCCGCUUCAUGGAACUCGAACAAGGUCACCGACCGCACACUGACGGGUACGGUCAUCGACUCGGGAGAUGGUGUUACCCACGUCAUCCCUGUCGCAGAGGGGUACGUCAUUGGAUCGGCGAUCAAGCACAUUCCCAUUGCUGGUAGGGAUAUCACGUACUUUGUGCAGCAGCUGUUGAGGGAGAGGGGCGAGGCGGCGAACAUCCCGCCAGAGGACAGCAGGCUGGUAGCGCAGAAGAUCAAGGAAGACUACUCGUACGUCUGCCAAGACAUCGUUCGCGAAUUCCGUCGCUUCGACGAGGACCCGCUGAAAUACUUUGAGCGAUACGAUGGCGAACACUCGGUCACGAACCGCAAGUACAGCGUCGACGUAGGCUACGAGCGCUUCCUCGGCCCUGAAGUCUUCUUCAACCCCGAAAUCUACUCGUCAGACUACCUCACACCCCUCCCCGAGGUCGUCGACACGGUCAUUCAACAAUCGCCCAUCGACGUGCGCCGAGGCCUCUAUAAGCACAUUGUCCUCUCUGGCGGGUCGACGCUGUUCACGCAUUUUGGUCAGAGGCUGAAGAAGGAUCUGCGUGCGAUUGUUGAUAGGAGGAUUGCGGCGAGUGAGACGCAUUCGGGUAGCUUGAUGAGGAGUUCGGGCAUGGAGGUUAACGUCAUCUCGCACAGGAGGCAGAAGUACGCUGUUUGGUUUGGAGGAAGUCUGUUGGGCAGCUUGCCUGACUUCUACAACGCGACGAUCGACUCGCAGAUGUACAACGAGUAUGGGCCCAGCGUUGUCAGGAGGUUCAAUGUGCUGGGACAGAGCGGCGUAUGAGCGGGCUGCAAGUGCGAGAUUGCAAUGACAUG